AUGACUAAUCAAGAUCAGUUAGAACAGGAUGAGAAAGCUGGCGAUAGCACUGCAAAGGAUAUUUCUAUGGUUGAUGUAAGCAAUGUUGCGGAGAAUACAUCAAGUGUGAACGAUGUUCCAAGUAACAAUAAUUUUAUCAGUGCUGCCACUGAUGAUAUUGAUUUGAACCGAAUGAAUAUCGAUAAAGAGACUAGUGACCAUGUUGAAAAUGCAGAGGAAGCAAGUGAUAAGAUGCAUAUUGACCGUUCGUCAACUACUUUAGUGCAAGAAUCGGAAAACAAAAAUGACGAAUCUUUGAAUCAAGAGCAGCAACUACAUCAACAACAAAGUCCACAACAACAACAACAAAGUCCACAACAACAACAACAAAGUCCACAACAACAACAACAAAGUCCACAACAACAACAACAAAGUCCACAACAACAACAACAAAGUCCACAACAACAACAACAAAGUCCACAACAACAACAGCAAACACAGCAGCAACAGCAAACACAGCAGCAACAGAAACAUCCAGAACAAGUCUAUACUGUACCCAUUGACAUCAAAUGGAUUCAAGGUGGAGAAAAAGUUUAUGUUACAGGAUCGUUCACUGGCUGGAGGAAAAUGAUUGGUUUGAUGAAACAACAUGAUGGGAAUUUUUCCCUUACACUAGGUCUUCCCGUUGGAACUCAUAGACUAAGAUUUAUUGUAGAUAACGAAUUGAGAUACUCGGACUUUUUACCUACAGCAACAGACCAAACGGGGAACAUUGUUAAUUACAUUGAAGUGAGCCCCCCACCUCCAAAAGAACAAUCACUUACUCUGGAAGAACAAGCUAACGAAAAUGAAGCUACAGAUGCUUCUUGCUUGACCAGUCGAAAAUCCACAAGAUGGCAACUUACUAAUGAUGAAGAUGAUAUGGGUAAUGGGUACUCGCGCUACUAUGAUCAAAAUAUUGAAAAACAGAAAUUGCACUUUACUACAAAUAUACCUCCCAUUUUCACCGAUCCAAAAGUAAUGGAACAAUACUAUGUAGCUAUCGAUAAACAAUCAAAGUCUAGCAACGGACAACAACAAGCAUGGUUACAUCCCCCACAACUACCACCUCAUUUAGAAAGUGUUAUUUUGAACAACUUUAAUAGCAACGAUAAUAAUUCUGGAGCAUUGCCAACUCCAAACCAUGUUGUUUUAAACCAUUUGGCUACUACAUCGAUAAAGCACAAUACUUUAGCUGUGGCCUCUAUAAUGCGUUAUAGAACAAAAUAUGUUACGCAAGUAUUAUAUGCCCCUUUAUAA